AUGGAUCCACAGGAGGCUUCGUCUUCUACUGGUCUUCAUCCAAUUGAACUCUGUGUAUAUUCAAUACUUUCGAAUAAUUUAGACGGAGUAUAUCAAUGUGUAAAUGAACUGCGAGAAUCGCAAGCACUUCUAGUGUUACUGUUGAAGAAGGUACGAACUUCCGUCAAGGAAGAACUAGAUUUAUAUAAUCAAGACACUAGGCUGGAAGAGGCAGAGAGACGACUGUCAGCAUUAACUUUGCGAGUAAAUCGAUUACUGGAACGGUACGACGAACUUCAGAAAACGUCGGAAAUAGGUCUGUAG